AUGGGUCUCUCUUAUAACGUCUACCUUACAUCUGCCAAAAUAUUCGGCUGCAAGAAAUGCAAAACCCAUCUUGCGGACUACGAAGACAUUAUCAGUCGGAGUUUCCGGGGCCAACAUGGGAAAGCGUAUCUCUUCAAUAACGUUGUGAAUAUUACCCAGUCGGAGGCUGUGGAGCGUGGUAUGACUACAGGGAGGCAUAUUGUACGCGACAUCGCAUGCAGGCAAUGUAAAGAAACGGUAGGAUGGAAGUACGACAAAGCGUACGAGAACAGCGAGAAAUACAAGGAAGGGAAAUUUAUUUUGGAGGAGGAGCUCCUAUGCGUUGUGUGCUAG